AUGAACAAGCGGGACAAGCAGCGCGGUAGACCUCGCAGACUCAUAGCGCCGCGGGGUACGGUGGAAGGAACCCAGAGUCUCUUAAGCCUCUCCCGAGAACGCCGCGGCCUAGCGCUGGAAGCGAGCGGUCGAGAAGCCCCUACCGUGCCCAAUCGCCUGCCAAUCGCAGCGUGCGACUCGGGCGCACAGCCGGGAGGAGCCAGCGUCUCCGCGGUGCCUGUCUGGCCGGCGGCGCGGCGCGGCCUGUGCCUCGCCGUCUUCUUACAGUCUGAAGAGGUCGUGCAUCCGUGUGGAAGUGGUGCCUCAGAGAUGUCCGGUGGAGGCCGCUUUCCGGGCCAGAAGAGAAAAAGGAAUUGGGAUAUAGAAUACUCAUUCUUGCCAAGAGAGAGACCACCGCAGUUCAGAAAGGCAAGUUUCAGGACAGUGGGGGCAGCUGCCUCCCUCUCUGAAGCCUGGCUCAGAUGUGGAGAAGGAUUUCAGGACACUUCUGGAACUCAGGUAUUAACAGCUGAAAAGAAGACUAUUACAGAAAAGCACCUUGAAUUUUCUCCCAGACCCGAGGAAGAAAAUUUCACAUCUGAUAGUACAUAUGGACCUGCAGAGAUAACAUGGAGUUCCAGUGGAAGUGAGCUGUCAGAUGAAGAAAAGACAAUUUCUAAAUCACUGAAUGAUAAUGGACAUGGUUCUAGAAUAGACAGGUUUUGCAACAGAAAAACUUUAUGUCAAGAAGAUGGGGCCAGUGAAGAUGAACUACAGUUUAUUGACUGGGAGAUAGACAGUGACAGGGAAGAUGAUAAUGAAUACAGUGCAUUUCAAAGUGAGAGUACUGUGGAAAUAUCAGACUGUGCUUCUUGUGCAAGUAGUUGCUCUUUGACAAGUGAAGAGAGACUAUCUGAACUUCCCAAGCCAAAGUCUACAGAAAUUUUGGAGUAUUCAUCAGAUAGCGGAAAAGAAGAUGACUCAGAGAAUGUCUUGUUCAUUGAUUCAGAAUCCCCUCACAAAUGCAGUGUGGAUUUUGGAACAGAUGCAAGACAGUAUAUGGAGAGACUGGUAGAGCCCUGGACAAAAUCUACAGAGACUAUUUUGUAUACACCCCAGAAACAGAAAAAUAAGUUUCCUCGGACUCCAGAAGAUUCAACAAAGAAGAAGAAACUUAUAAGAGGUGGGCUAGCAGAAAGACUAAACGAACUACAGAAUCGAGAAAGAUCUGCCAUUUCUUUUUGGAGACAUCAGUGUGUUUCUUACCCAAAGACACUUGAAGGUAGAAAAUCUGGUGUAUUAGUUGUGAAAAUUCUGGAGCUGCAUGAGGAAUGCACCAUGCAAGUGGCCAUUUGUGAGCAGUUAGAGGACCUGCAAGCCAGCAGCCCUUCUCCAGGUGUGGCCCCCGGCCCCGGGGCCUGCCUGAAGAUUCUCUUCACCAAGGAUACUGCAAGCAACCUCAAGGGACGUCCUCAGGACAUCGUGCACAUCUACCCUCCCUGGCAAAAACUUAUUAUCCCAGAUGAAAGUUGCCCUGUUGUUCUGAAUACUUAUUUUUGUCAGAAAAGUAUUGCCAAAGAAGACUCAGAAAGAAUGGCAGUGGUGCACUGCCGGGACUCCCCACUUCUGAGAAGAAGCAUCACUUUGGCCCAAAUGUUCAGAUUGAAGUGUGUAAAACCAGAAAUUCAGGUUACAUGUGGAGGCAUGACCACCAUGGGGACAGACUUGACCCAUGAGCAGGAAGAAGCAAAACAGCACUUUCCAGCCCACACUUCUCCAAGUGAUUCUCUCCUGGACGUGGUGGGAAGCCAGGGAGCCACAGCAGGGAUCCCAUCCAGGACACCACAUUACAUUUAGUUGUCAUGUCUCCUUAGGCUCCUCUUGGCUGUGGCAGUUUCUCAGACUUUCUUUACCUGUGAUGGAUGACUUUGUGAGUUUUGAGGAAUACUGGCCAGGGUUUGUGUGUGUGCUUUAGGUGAAAGUUUAUAGCGUCAAGUAGUUUCUCAUUCAAAAAUAUAUACUCAGAAAACUACUGGAACUAAAAGAAGAUUUCAGCAAAG